AUGGCCUCAGACACCGAAGAGCUCAACCUCUACUUCUACAAUCCGUCCACUGCAGUUGCAAUCGUUUUCUCUGCGCUAUACUUUUUCCUAACACUCUACCACUUCCACAUCUCUAUACUAUACGCACGCAGACAACCGAUCAAGCACAGAUACACGAUACCACUGUUCGUCGCAGCCUUGAUCUCCACAGCCGGCUGGAGCGUGCGCAUCGCCAGCAUCAAAAACAAGCAGUCAAUCCCUCUGUAUGCCACCUCCGCCUCUUACAUCGUCAUCAGCCCCAUAUUCGUUUGCGCUACAUUGUAUCUUCUCCUGACUCGCCUCAUUCGCUCCAGCCUACCCGAGGGACCAGCGCAGCAAGUGCUCUUCCGUAUCCCUCCUCGCUGGCUCGGUCGCAUCUUCAUCACUUCCGACAUCUUCAGCUUCCUGACUCAGUGCUCCGGGUCUGGGAUCGCGAGCUCGGGAAACUGGGAGGGUAACUUGAAGGAGGUCGGCACCAAUGUCCUCCUGGUCGGUCUGGCACUGCAACUGGCGACGUUUAGCACGUUUCUCCUCGUUCUCGGGCGCGUUGUAGUAAGAGUCAAGCGCUCCUACGACUCUGGCUUCAAUCCGUGUGUGAAAAAGGUGAUACUCGGUGUUUGGAUUGCCGGAUUUUUCGUGCAGGUACGAUCGAUAUACCGAGUCGUCGAAUUUGGGCUUGGAAUCGACGGCUAUCCUUUCCGCAAUGAAUGGUGCCUCUAUGUCCUCGAAGCCGCACCGAUGUUCAUCGCAAUCGCCGUUCUGGGAUGGUAUUCUCCUGUCAAAUGGAUGCAACAAAAGUCGCGAACGGACUUCUCUCUGAAAGAAGUGCAGAAAAAUGGAAACGCAGGCACUGCCGCGAAUGGAGGCGUCGUCUAA